UUGAAAGUCCAGCUUUGUUUGCAGGAUAAAAAGAAAAUUAUUCGAAAUAGUUUGUGCCUCGGAGACCGAAGUCUUUUGAUAAUCGGAUGAUGCAUUACUUACAAAUUUCGUUAAUUCUAUUCUCUUUGGCUGUUUCACAAACAACUGGAAACGAAACCCCACUCUGUAAUCAAAAUGAGAGAUCUUCGUUUUACUUGGAAGUUGCUGUGGAUAUGAUUAAUAAAGCGAAGCUUCAUUAUCCAGCGAGCCCGAUGAUAGCUCAGGUGACUGCAGCUUCUCCAGUGGACUGUGCAGACAUAUUGCGUAAUGGCAAUAAUACGAGCGGUGUCUAUACCAUCUGGCCGAAAAGUCGAUUGAUUGAUGGCAAACCAUUAGAUGUGUUUUGUGACAUGGAUACGGAUGGAGGAGGAUGGACGGUUCUGCAAAGAAGAGGGCAAUUCAACAGAUCGAACGACUUCUUUUUUAAAGACUGGGCUAGCUACAAAAGCGGCUUUGGUGAAAUCGAAAAAGACUUUUGGAUAGGCAAUGAUAACAUGUUUGCUUUAACCAAUCAACGCCUCUAUUCGAUCCGAUUUGACUUGGUGGAUAUGAGAGACGAGAAAAGGUACGCCUUCUACGACACGUUUUGGAUAGAUGACGAAAAUAACAAGUACACUUUGCACAUUCAAGGUUACAGUGGAAAUGCAGGUGAGUCUAUGGCUUUGAAUCAUGGCAACAAAAAGUUCUCUACUAAAGACCAAGACAAUGACGGUUACAAGGACGGAAGUUGCGCUGAGAAAUACAAGGGUGGUUGGUGGUACGAAUCGUGUCUUUCAUCUAAUUUGAAUGGUCUCUAUUUAACAGAAACACACGAAAUAAACGGGAUUGGAUUGUACUGGAGUGGAUGGAAAGUCAUGCACGAUUCUCUGAAAGCCACUGAAAUGAAGAUAAGACCGAAACAUUUCAAGAUCUAACAUUUCAAUCAGAUCUAGAUGGUUUCUUUAUUAUGACGUUUGCUCAAGCUCUUGAAUAUGAGAUUUUUAUUGGAAUCAUAAGUUUCAAGUUUAAUAUAUUAAAUAUUUUAAACAUUUGUAAAAAUAAAUAAUUUUAGUUGGACUCUUAA